AUAAUAUAAUUGUAUUGUAGUCAGUACUGAGUCAUAAUUUGUGUAAGCUGCAGGCCGGGAGCUAGAAGCCUAUUAGUUAAUUAAGAAGAUUAAUUGUGAGAUGGAAAAAUCAACUAGAAAUCAAGAAAUUCAACAAAAAGUGGAAACUGUCACAAAUGGAAAUCAAAAUCAUGCUGAAAUUCAUCAAUUGGAUCAGGAAGCUGCAAACACUUUGAGUUGUGGAUUAAUGGAAAUCAACAUAGAGAGUUGGUAAUUAGCAUCAAAGAAAUGGCUGAAAGUUGCUUGGAGCUGCCUCCCUUAUCAUCAAACAAGUGUUGUAUCUACAGGAUUCCAACUUGGCUUCGCAAAUUGAAUGAGGAAGUCUACACUCCUCAGGUUAUAUCGAUAGGGCCUUUCCACCAUAGCAGCAAAAGAUUAGAACCCAUGGAAAAGUUGAAACUGAAAUAUUUUCAGAGAUUCCUGCAGCGGGUUGACUUCAACGUGGAGAUUUUAGUAAACGCCAUAAAGCUAAAUGAAGAAAGUGUGCGUAGUUGUUAUGCAGAAACCAUCAAGUUUAGCAGUGAUGAUUUCGUGAAAUUAAUUUUGGUGGAUGGGAUCUUUAUUAUUGAAUUUUUCUACGGAUUGUGGUCCCAAGGACCAUAUAGUGUUAUUCGUGAGAACCAUAUACUGUUAAACCCAAUAUCGUGGCUGGCAAUUAUGUUGGACUUGAAGUUACUGGAAAAUCAACUUCCUUUCUUUGCUCUUGAGAUAUUAUUCCGCCAUGCACGUGUACCGAUUUGUGAGCAUCCUUCCUUCAAUUUGCUUGCAAUUCAUACCUUUGAGAGCAUUAACGAUCAGAAAUUGCAUCAAAAUCAUGAAGCGUAUGAAAUUAGACAUUUUGCUGAUUUGGCUAGAGCAUUUUUUCUUCCAUCAUCCAGAAAGCUGCCACCAUAUGGAAGAGAUCCUGCUUAUGCUGAUCAUUUAUAUACUGCAAGCCAGUUGGACGAGGCUGGAGUGAAGUUUAAGGUGAGCUCAAGCAAAUGCUUACUUGACCUGAAAUUCACCAACGGAACGUUCGAAAUUCCUUGCAUAAAAUUGUAUAAUUCGACUGAGAAUACUUAUCGAAACGUCAUAGCACUCGAGCAAUGCCAUCAUUAUACAAAUAAUCCACAAUUUACAGACUACAUUGUGCUAUUGACUUUCCUAAUCACCACUCCCAAAGACGUGGAUUUACUUAUUAGAAAAGGAAUCAUCAUUAAUGGGCUUGGAGGCAGCAAUGCUGUGGCUUCUUUCCUCAAUAAUCUGGGCACAAAUGUCCCAUAUGGCAUCAACUCUGCUUAUUGUGAUUUGUUUGAAGAUUUGAAUGCAUUCUAUGAGAACCCUAAGCAUAUUUGGAAGGCUACCUUGAAACGUGAUUAUUUCAGCACUCCUUGGAGAAUAGCUUCUACUGCAGCUGCUGGUAUCUUAUUGUUGCUCACUCUCGGACAAUUUAUAUGCUCCAUCAUCCAAGUUGUGAAGAUGUGAAGAAGCUUUGUCCUUGAAAUGCUGGUAGGACAUAAUUAUUUUACUCAUCAUGUUUAGAAAUGAAUUAAUUUGUUUGAUUGCUAGCAACAACUUGGAAAAUUUUAACAUAACAUGCACAAAGAUAAGUACUGUUUGAGAUACUAUGACUUAUCUUCACUUUCUUCAUCUAUUAGUGCAGAACCUUAGCUCUGAAUGCUGUAUAAAUACACCUUCAUAUGUACAUAAUAGAACAUACGAAACACUAAUAUCUUCAACUUCAACACAUUUUCAUUCUUUACUCUGUUCUUCAUUUGCUGGGUUACCGAUUGCUUUGUGCUUUGCCAAACCCCUUGCAUUUGAUAGCACCACAUGUGACGUCUUGGAUUCUAUGGUGAUUUCUUUGUUGUUAAGUUGUGUUUUCCUCAUUUUGCUUACUCAGACAAGUUCUUAGAAUGAAGAACAAAAUCAUAGCUCGAUGUUAUCCCAUCCGUGAUUUACAUGAUGUCCAGUGAAUUGUGUGAUAUCAAUGUUCUCUUUGCAUCAUUCAA